GACAAUAUCAUAAUUGAAAUCAAGAAUGUUCAACUAGUUCAAUACAUUAUAGAGAUAACAACUUGAAAAUAAUGAGCUGAUAAGUUUUAUCUCAAGUGUGCAAUUAUAAACUAAUUUUAGUCAAUCAGUAAAUUAGUAGAUAUAGAAGUUGUAGCAAUGGAUCAUCCAAAUUUAGAAAAAUCAGUAGUAGACUUGUUAGAAAAAGUGGUACAUCGAAAACUUGAAAAUUUUGAAGUACAGUUUCACGAUGGAAAUAAAAAGGGCGAAGGAUUCCUCUCAGAGAUGAUUUUCGUUUCGUUAAAAAACAAAGAAACUGGAGAAGAUCAUAAUUUGGUUAUAAAAAGUGUACUUUCUAGUGAAACUGGCACUACCAGGGAAUUUAUCUAUGCUUCAUUUUUCAAUGAAACGCAAUACUAUACUAAAAUAUUUCCCAAUUUGAUGAAAUUUCAAAAAUUGUAUUCGGAAAUUAGAACUUUCGACAAUUAUGGGAAAUGUUAUGCCACGUGCCUGGAUAGUGGGCAUGAGAAAAUAGUUAUGGAUAAUUUGAAAUUUAAAAACUACGAAGUACCACCUAAAAAUAUAACUCUCAGUCUAAAAUCAUAUGAAAAAAUUUUUAAAAUGUAUGCAGAAUUUCAUGCGCUUUCCUACGCUCUUAAGGACCACCAACCAAAAGAUUUUUUGGAUAUAACGAAAAAUCUGGAAAAUAACUGGUUUAAACUUCUGGACCUUCCUACGUUUGAAGAUUAUAUUAUCCAUUUUAUGAAAAAAGUGAAACAAUAUUUAAAAGAGGAACAGGAAAAUAAAAUUCUUGAAAAAUUUGAACACUAUGUAGACAAUUGUCCGGUUAUUUUUAGGGAAAAGGUUACAUAUAGAGGUCAAUAUGGUACUAUUUUACAUGGGGAUUGCUGGAGCAACAAUUUGAUGAUUAAAUAUAAUACAUCAAAAGAAAUUGAACACAUUAAAAUGAUCGACUUCCAACUAGGUUUUGUCGCAUCUCCAGCUUUGGACUUGAUUUACAGUUUCUACUCUGGAGCAGGAAAAGAAAGUCUGGACAAUUUAGAAUACCUUUUAAAACUAUACUACAGCACACUUAGUGAAACUUUAAGAAACUAUGGUUGUGAUCCUGAAAAAAUCUACCCUUACGAAAUACUUCAGAAAGAUUGGAAGGAACAUUGUCAUUUUGGAUUAUUUACGGGUAUAAUGCUGUGGGUAACUAAACUAGCGACUGAUCUCACAGAUAUGCCAACAAUAAAUGAAUUUAUUGAUGGGACAUAUGAGGCAGGAGAUAGUGAGAACUUUGGGAUAAAAUUUGAUGAACUCGAAUUUAGAAAACAUGCUUUAAAUAUUGUAAGGCAUCUGCACGAGAAUGAUUUUUUGUAAUUACAAUCUAUUAAAUAAUAUUACAAUAUAAAUAUAGUAUGUUUAUUUUUCAAC